AAUGUCAAAACCGGCGAAUAUAAAUGUUGUUGUUGCAUUUUCUUUAUCAUAUCCAUCCGUUUGCCAUUGAUAUUAUUUAAUUUUCAUCAAAAAAUCCAUUGAUCCACAGUUCCUACCUUCGAUACAAUCAAUUGAUUCUUUUCGAAAAUGGGCAUCAAGUUUGAAAACAUGAAGUCUGGAGAUGGAGCAACAUUUCCUGAAAAGGGACAAACCGUCUCCGUACAUUACACUGGAUGUCUCAGCGAUGGCAAGAAGUUUGACUCAUCAAGAGACAGAAAUGAACCGUUGAAAUUUAAGGUCGGUGGCGGGCAGGUCAUUAAAGGUUGGGAAGAAGCUAUUACCCAAAUGAGUGUUGGUCAACGAGCUCGUGUCACCUGUCCACCUGAGAUGGCAUAUGGCGGUCCUGGUAAACCUCCUCUAAUACCGAAAAAUUCUACUUUGGUUUUUGAUAUUGAACUACUCAGUGUUGAAACGUCGAAAGGUGGUGGUUCAGGAGGUGGCAAAAAAGGCAAAAAAUAAUUAAGUUUUCAAUUAUAAUGUAAGCUUUGAAUUAUCUUUCAUCUUUUCAUAAAAAAACAACCAGUUUGUCGAUUGAAAGAGCUCAAUAAAAAUGAAAGUUGAAAAUC